CCUACGUUCGCUACCUUUCACUGCCAUUCUCUACAAGUUUUGAUCAGUCGCUAAUUAAUCGCACUGACUACAUUGCUAAUCUCUCUGUUUUUCAAUUAAUUUCCACUCGAAAUUGAUUUAUUGAUUUAUGGCUCUUCCUAAAUCAAACCCUAGGGUUUCAGUGUCCAUGAAGAUGAAAAGGGUCUCUGAUGCUAUGAAGCCUCGGAAAACUGCCAUGGCCAAGAGAGGCUCCACUCUGAAGAAUAAGGCCGGCCGACUCUCGAAGCUGUGCGAUAUUGCCGUUUACAUGAUCGCUCUUGGUGCCGACGGCGAGAUCAACGAUUGGCCGGAAAACCAACAAGAUUUGAAAUCAGUUCUACUCAAGUACAAGAAUCUGAAGAGGGGUUUCAAAGAUCAAAUUGAAAAGGGUCUGUUCUCUGUCGAAAAGGGUUUCUUGGAAUUUGUUGAUGAUGGAGAAAAUCGGGAUUUGGGUAUUCAAGAUAAUUGCUUGGGGGCCAAGUUGGAGUCUUUGAAUGAGAGGAUCGGAGCUGUGACGAUGAAGAUGAUGAUGAUGAGGGAUGACGGUAAGCGCAGUUUCAUGGACUUGUACAAGAAUAUCAUGGAACCAGAUGCAGCAGAUCAACAACAACAAUCAUCUCUAAAUCUUAAUUUGAAUCUUCAUCCAACUGAUCUCGUCAUACCCACACCCAAACCCAAUUUAAUUGGUGAGAUUAAUUUAAAUCUUGAUCCAGGUGAUCUCGUCAUACCCACACCCAAACCCAAUUUAAUUGGUCAGAUUAAUUUGAAUCUUGAUCCAGGUAAUGUCGUCAUACCCACACCCAAACCCAAUUUAAUUGGUCAAUUUCAGCAAGAUUAUCUUUCAUCAAUUCAUGAGCCAACUGUGGAUGCAAAUGAUUAUCUCAGUUUGGUAUUGGGUAAUGAUGAUCAUAAUGAUGUUGGUUUAAUGGAAGAUUAUCUGCAACUUUAUGAUCUUGAAUUGCCAGAAGAACCACAAGAGCAGCUGCAGCCGCAACCACCUUCUGUGCCAAGUGUGGAAAUUAGUGAUGAUGAUAUGAAGUUGCUAUUGAGUGAUUGUGAGAUUGGUUUGAUGGAAGAUGAUAUGCAGUUUUGUGAUAAUCUUGAUGAUUAUGAGCCAACUGUGGAUACUAUUUAUGAUUUUCUCAGUUGGGUAUUGGGUGAUGAAGAUCAAAUUGAUAAUGGUGUAAUGGAAGAUGAUCUGCACCCUCAGAGUACUAAUCAUAAUGGCGUCUCCAGUACGGAGGGUUUGAAAAUUGAUGGGCCUGAUGUUGUUAAUGUUGGGCCAAGUAUGUCUAUUACUGAUGAUGACAUUUGGUUGCUGUUGACUGAUUGUGCGAUUGGUUUGAUGCAAGAAGAUGAUGACAAUGACUUGAGUGAUUUUUUGGCGCCUCUUGAAACCAUGUUGCUACAAGUACCACAACAUCAGCCUCAUUCAGAGUUAAAUCUUAAUUUCUAGUCUAGCAACCACAACAUCAGCCUCAUUCAGAGUUAAAUCUUAAUUUCUAGUCUUCUGUAAAUUUAUGUUUUCCGGUAGCUUAGGUCAAAAUCUGUUUUUUUUCUGUUUGGUUGAUUGGAUGGCAAUCUCAGUAUCAAUCCUUAUCAACCAAAAUCUAAUGUAUAUUAUGCAAUAGUUUGGCACUUAAUGAA